AAAUCAAACUAUAGUGGUCAACCAUAUCUCAAGAGAUGAAAGCUGAUCAAAUACGGUUACUCUCACGUUGGAUUUCUAAGGAAAUUAAAAAAUUGUUUGUUUCUUAUAGCUUUUGUUCCAAGUGCUGAGAUCACAUCAGAUCAGAUCGAUUCAGCUCGUUAAAUUUCUCGCUCGCUUGUGCGUUUUUGUUGCUUGAAUUUGGUAAUGAUGUAAACAAGGGUUAGAUUAAGCAUUUGUUGAUGGUAUGAUUUUGAAAGAUUAAAGGUCCAACCAUGGAGGGGGAAAAGUUGCCGCGGAUUUCCCGGAAAGGGAUUCAGGAAUAUCUGAACAAGGAGAUGCCUCAUGUGGAGCUACAAAAUAUAACUGCUAAAGGAUUGAUAAUCGAUCAUGCCCGUAAGGGAUUUGUGCGCUGUACUUUCAUCAUACCGCCUUCUGCAUCAGAUGCACAUGGAAACUGGCAAGUGGGUGCAAUUGCAACGAUAGUUGACAUCGUUGCAUCAAUGGCCAUAUGCACCGAAACUGCUAUAAUUCGAGGCAAUGUCACAAUGGAUUACAACAUUUCAUAUUAUUCAUCGGCUAAAAUUCAAGAAGAAGUAGAGAUAGUGGCAAAAGUUGUAGGGAACAAAGGAAAGCUUAGCUCAACAAGAGUGGAGGUGAAGAAGAAAGACGAUGGAGAGUUAAUUGCAAUUGCCAAACAAUGGACUGCUUCUAACGAAUUUAGGGCACCAUGGAUAAACCAUCCUAGCAAACUUUAACAACUAUGUAUUACUUAAUUUGUUUUCUUCUUUUCUUCAUUUAGAAAUAUAUAUAACAAAAAAAAAGUUAAAAGAUUGUAUUUUGAUACACCAAUGAAAUCCAUACAUGAUCAGUGGACUAGAUUAAAA